AUGGUCAAAGCCUUCCGCUUCAAAGGCGACAAAAAGGUCAAAAAGCGCAAGCGCACCACCACCGACGACGACGCCGCCGAAGACGCCUCGGGGCCCUCCGCCAAGAAACCCGCCCCGGCCCGCGAAGGCAACGACACCACCGCCAAAGACGACGACGACGACGACGAGGAAGGCUGGGUUGACGCCGACUGCCUAGAGGACAUCAGCGGGCCACUAAUGUUCACCAUCACCGCGCCCACCCCCCUAGCCCUCAGCAGCGACCCCACCACCGGCCAAACCUUCACCUCGCCGCUCUCCGCCGCCUCCUCCUCCUCCUCCACCACACUAUCCACCGCGGAGCCCACGGGCGUGCACCAGGUCUGGGUCGCCACCAAGAUCCACGGCACCGCGAAGCACGCGUUCAAGUCCGCGCACGGAAAGUACCUCUCGUGCGACGCGGUCGGCGUGGUGAGCGCCACGCGCGAGGCCAUCGGCGCCGAGGAGGAGUUCGAGGUGUUGCUGCUGGCCGGCGGGCGCUGGGCGCUGGGCACGGUGCGCGGCGGCUUUGUCGGCGUGCAGGAGACGGGCGGCGGGAAGGCGGUUGUGCGGGGCGAUGGCGGGACGGUGGGCUUUGGCGAGGAGUGGGUGGUGAGGGUGCAGAGGAGGAAUAAGAAGAGGGGGAGGAGGAGCGGCGACCAGGGGAGGGUUAAGGAUCGGGUGUCGAGGAAGGAGCUGGAGGAGAUGGCGGGAAUCAAGCUUGACGACGACCAGGUCAAGGUGCUGAGGAAGGCGCGGAAAGAGGGCGGCUUCCACGAAGCCCUACUAGACAUCAGGGUCAAGCAUGGAAAGCACGAUAAAUUUGCAUACUAA